ACUAGGGUUAGGGCUAGGGCUAAUACCAAUUCUGAAAGUUAUAUUAUAGUAGGGUCAGCACGAUGUGUAAUACUUUGUUGGGAGUUCCUUUAUCAGGUUAAUUUAGUCAGCGGCACCAUCAGCACAUCAUCAGCCCAGGCCGUCAGCUGGUGCAUGUCCAGACUCGCAGCCUUCAGCCAUGGCACUGGUGACCCUGCAGCGGUCCCCGACUCCCAGUGCAGCAUCCACAGCCAGCACCGCGACCACCACCGCGGGGGAGGAUUUUGGGAGUGAUGAUGAACGAAGGUUAAAUCAGAGCCUCAGCGAGAGUUUCUUCAUGGUGAAGGGAGCUGCUCUCUUCCUGCAGCAGGGCACCAGCCCCCAGGGCCAGCACGCACAGGCCCACCACCAGCACGCAGGUCAGGUCUUUCCAAUCCCUAGGCACGGCUGCUGCUGCGAGGCCGGGGUCUGAACCAUCACAACCCCCACUCCAGUAAAUGUGGAUGUCAUGACAAGUCCUUUAUUCAGACUGUUAAAAGUCAUGCAUGUCAACCGACAAUUGGUGGAUGUAGGUAGAAAUGGGGAAGAGUUCGAAAUUAUUAUCAAUAUAUCUUCGAUUGUUUUGCUUGUCAGGUUUCAUUUGAUACUUAUGUAGAUGUAUUGUCAGUUCAACCCAUGAAUACGAAAAUGAACACGGUAUGUUAGUUACUAUAGGAACAUAUGCUCAGAAUCAAACCUGGUCGGAGCAGGUUUUGCGCAGGUUAAGUUUUGAACAUAACCCGGUUUUGGGUAUUUAAACCCACGUUCAUCGCAGAUUUCAUGUGUUCAAUGCAAUCCACCAGGAGUGAUUAAUAAGACCACGGCUCGACAUCUUUACAUAUCCGGAUGACUUUACGCUGGAGAGAAAUAGAUUCUCGAGCAAAUCAUUAAUAUAUUUAAAUAGCCUUCUCCAGCCUUACAUAGCCAACACUACCAAUCGAGGACCUGACCUCAGUUCACUCCAGACUAUUUGCGUAGACCUUAGUUUUUUGCAAAUUGUAGUUUUAUCUGUAAAGUUGGAGAUGCUGAGCACAUCUCAGUCCUUUCAGAUGACCCAUCCACGCCCGGAUCAAGAUCUUCAUCGGCCCUUCUAUCA